CUUUUCUCUUCUUUUGUUUCUCAUUCUGUGUAUAUUGUUCGAGUUUCGUAUUGUAUUUUGUGCAUAUUUCGCCAUCAUGGAUUUUGAAGAUACAAGAGCGCGUAUAGUACAAGCCCGCGAGACCGGCGAGUUUACCGACUUCACUUUGGCAUGUAACGGGCGAAAUAUCGAGGUUCACAAGAUCAUCAUCUGCAGCCAGUCUCCAGUCUUUCGAGCAGCAUGCGCUGGUCAGUUCAAGGAGGCGUUUUCUGGUACAUAUGACUUAACUUCUCACCAACCGGACAUGAUACAGCUUAUGGUGGACUAUUUAUAUACAGGCAACUACUCUGCCAACACGAAUGAGGCAAACGAAAACGACACUCCAUCAAGCUCCGCAGCUCUCUCGACUCAUGCGAUAAUGUAUGCUUUAGGUGACGAGUACGACAUCAAAGGACUUAGAGAUCUAUCGGCUCGAAAAUACUCAUGGUCAUUGGACGAGAGCCUAGAACUCGACGACUUUCUCCAUUCAAUCCCACAUGUUUAUACCUUGACCCCCGAAAGCUCAAGAGGUCUCAGGGACCCAGCAUUGGAGUUUGCAAGGAACAAACUUCGCGAAGGAGGAGCACAAUCGGAUAUCCGAGAUGCCUUUGACGAGCUAGUCAAUGAGUGUCCCGAAUUCUUGAAAGAGCUGCUAUACUACUGCGUUCAGGCUCCAUCCUUUGGAUAUUGCCCUUGCACUGGUCCCAGAGAUAAGGUGCCCGUCGAAGCUGAUGGAUAUCGUUGCAAAGGAUGCGGCAAAGAAGGCGCAAGUCUCAGCAGGCCUGUCUAGCCAAGCAGUGAGACAGAUCAAGGUCAUACAGCUCCAAGAAAAACGGGUGCAAUUUGUGGAACUAGGCCAUGGAUUCUAUUUGUGGUAGAACUUGCGAAUUUAAGCUGCUGUGGAACACCAUAUAGCCACGUGCUCCAUUUCACGGCGCCAGCGGGCAGCCAUCCAACAGCGAACCCCAUAAAGGAUGCGAAGAGCUCAGCGCGAUCGCAAUACAGGGUUGCACGGGGCUCAGUCAAGCGAGUGUGUUGAACAGCGAUCCUGAAGGCCAAUGAUGCGAAAUACCUGGGCAAAUGUCAAAGUUUGUGAUGGAAAUAGCCUUGUAUCACAUCUCGGUUCAGAUAGAGGAAGGUAAUACAGCUACAUGGCCGCAUCGAUUUGGCUAAUCAUUAUAACAACUGUG